AUGAAUGAAACUAUUACAGAAAAUGAACCAUCAUCGAAUGAUAAUACUAAAAUUUGUAAUUUAAUUGCAAGUUAUGAAUUGGAUCAAUGUCAAUUUGCUAUGGAUAAUUGUAAUGCACCAAUGGGUGGAUUUUUAAAUUAUAUUUUUAUUAGAUAUUGUACUUUUAAACAGUUAGAACCUUUAUUUUAUAUUUGUUCUUUAUUUUGGGUUAUUUUCUUAUUUUACAUGUUAACAUCAACUGCUGAGGAUUUCUUUUGUCCAAGUUUAGCUGAAAUUUCAAGAAUAUUAAGAUUACCACCAGAUGUUGCUGGUGUUACUUUCCUAGCCUUGGGAAAUUCAUCACCAGAUAUAUUUUCUAUAUUAGCAGGUAUAUUUUCUGGAUCAUCUGGAUUUGGAUUAGGUGAACCAAUUGGAAGUGGAUUUGUUUGUGUUUCAGUUUUAAUUGCAAUUGUUUCAUUUGUAGUUAAAGAUGCAACAGUUUCAGCAUUUCCAUUUUUGAGAGAUGUUAUUACUUAUUUAAUUGGUGUUUUAUUUGUAUUUUUAAUUGUUAUAUUUCAGGGUUCAAUUAAUUUAUGGCAAAGUAUUACAUUUCUAGUUAUUUACUUUUUAUAUGUUUCAUUUGUAAUUGGUUGUAAAUUUUACAAUGAUUACAAAAAUAGAAAGAAGAAAAAUCAACAAGAAGAUCAACAAGAUAAAGAUGAUGCAAACGAGGAAGAAGAAGAAUCUAAUUCAAGUGGAUGGUUAGAAGGAAAGAAACCAAUAUUACAAUGUAAGAAUAUUGAUGAAAUUCCUGAAAAUGUUAAAAAACAAUUGAAAUCCAAAUUGUUUUAUGGAGCUGUUUAUAAUCCUAAAUUUGGAGUUGCUUAUUUAUCUAAUGAACCUAUUAAUACUAUUCCAAAAGGAUGUUGUACUGAAAGGACACCUCUCAAUAGAAAAUCAUCUUUACAAGAAGAAGAUAAUUCUAUUAAUAAUAUUGAAAUGAAUGGAUCAAUUAUCAUUGAAAAUCACUUUACAAUUAAUACAUCAUCAAAUGAUAAUCAAGAUUUGAUUCACUGUCAUGAACAUGAUCAUCAUCAUUUCAGAUUUUCAUCAUUUAAAGAAAUAAUUUCAACUAAAUAUCAAGAAUUUAUUGAAUGGAUUGAGUGGAAUGAAAAAUCCAAAUUAGAUAAGAUAUUCUUUAUAAUAGAAGCACCUUCAAUUCUAGCUAGAAAUUUAACAAUUCCAAAGGCAGAUCCAAAUGAUUGGAGUAAAUUAUUUGCCAUUCUAUGUCCAAUAUUCAUUCCACCAUUUACUUUAUUUACAAUUGGAUAUAUUUCAUUGAAUAUUCCAGGUAGUGAAUUUCCAAUUUGGGUAUUAGGAUCAAUGUGUGGUUUAUUCAUUUCAAUUUUAAUUCAUUUUACAUCAAAGAAAUGUAGAAAACCAUUUUAUCACAUAAUAUUUGUAAUUAGUUCAUUCAUCAUGUCAAUUUUAUGGAUUUUUACAAUUGCCAAUGAAUUGGUGAAUGUUUUAAAUUCAUUUGGUAUUUUAUGGAGUAUUAGUGAUUCUGUAUUAUCUAUUGUUUUAUCAAUUGGUAAUACCUUCUCAGAUAUGGCUGCUGAUUUGGCUGUUGCAAGACAAGGUUAUGUUGAAAUGGCAGUUGCUGCUGCAUAUGCAGCACAAGGAAUGAGUUUAUUAAUUGGAUUAGGUAUUGCUACAACUGCUAAUUUUGUCAUGACUCGUAAACCAUUUGAAAUUGAAUUUUCACCAACUUUAAUUGUUACUUUUAUAUUUUUAUUGGCAACUUUAAUUUCAUCUUUAAUUGUUAUUCCAAUUGCCAAAUUUAAAGCUCCUAAAAUAUUUGGAUUAUUUUUAUUGACUAUAUAUCUUGUAUAUUUGGUUAUUACAAUAUUAAUUGAAUUUAAAAUUUUAUUAAAUCAUUAA